AUGGGAAUAUUGGUUCAAUAUGCCUCGCAAAAGAGGCAUCGUCAGGCGUUCAGCGAGAGGCUGUUCGACAAAGCCCUUCUACUAAGCGAAAAGAAAAUUCUCGGCCGGAUCAGGCCACCAUGGGCCAAACAACCUUCCUACAUGAGUAAAAAGAUUACCUUUCCUCCGCGACCAGCUCCUUCGGCGUGUCCAUAUUGUGAGACAAGGACUCCAAGUGACGCCGCAGUCAACGACGCUAUUCGACCGGGCUGGCGAGCUUACCGCGUCUCUGGAGGUAUUGAGACAGCAAAUCCAUGGAUCCCCACUGGUACAGGCCAUUAA